GUUCAAUGUCGAUACGAGAAGUUGGAAGAACCACCGAAGGAAUUACCGGUCACCGUUCACAACCUCAGCAUCGCCGGGAGCAACUUGAGCAUCUUGCAUGGAGCUGCUUUCGCCUCUCACCCGUUACCGGAUCUACGGCUGGCCCGCCACGAUAACAUCCAAAUCAUCGAGGACAUGGCUCUGCAAGGGUUGCCCGCUCUACGGACCCUCGACCUGAGCCAUAAUCCCUUGGUCACGGUAGCCGCCGGUGCUUUCGCCGGUGCACCCCUGCUCCGUACCCUACAGCUCAACCAAGUGUUGUUGGCCACCUCUUUGGAAGAACAACUGGCCCUGGCCCUGCGUAACCUCAGCUUGCGACGUUUGGAGUUGACGGGCAACUCGUUGAAGGAGCUGCCGGUCACCUUGUUGCCCACCGGCUUGGAGGAGUUGGAUCUGCGGAACAACUCGCUGCAGCGGUUGACAGCCGCUGAGUUGCAGAUGCUGGAUGCACCGGGGUUACGAGUCAACUUAGGGGCCAACCCGUUGAGUUGUGACUGUGCCCUACGCCCGUUCCUCGCUUGGCUACGUGCCGCCACCGCCCGUGUGUCCGAUGCCCGUAGCCUACGCUGUGCUGGACCACCACCCCUACGUGGGGCCACCCUACUGCGCCUGCGGCCCGAGGGGCUGGGGUGUACGGCUACGGAGGGGAGUCAACUGGAAACGGCUUCUUAUGUCUUCUUUGGCAUCGUGUUGGCCCUCAUCGGCAUCGUCUUCCUCAUGGUGCUCUACCUGAACCGCCGCGGUAUCAAGCGUUGGCUCCACAACCUCCGCGAGGCUUGCCGUGAUCAGAUGGAGGGCUACCACUACCGCUACGAGCAGGACGCUGAUCCUCACCGUACCAGCGCCAUGGACACCCCCGGCCUCUGA